AUGACGACGACCGCCGAGCCCACGCCCAGCAGCACGACGACCGCCUCCAAGGCUGCGGGGCCUCCGCGCGGCCGCCCCGUGAGCGGGCGCGUGUGGAAGAAGGUGCAGAAGACGCGCUUCUCGGCGCAGGGCUUCAAGGGCACCAAGGUGCUGAGCACGACGUGGGAGGAGAAGAUGCUCAAGCGCUCCAAGCUCAAGGAGCUCAAGGAGCUACAGGCGGAGAUUAAGGCGCGGCGACAGGCCGAGCGCGACGCCAAGCGCCAGGCGCGCGAGGAGAAGGAAAAGCGCCGGAAGGAGAACGAGCUCAAGUCGGCCUCCGUCCAAGUGAUCUCGCGCACGCACAGACUCAAGACCAUGAGCAAGAAGCAGCUGCGCAACAUCAAGAAGACGAUCGUGAACAAGCAGGGCGUGGUCGAGUACGUGCCGGUCUACUCCAAGUAG